GCGAGGAUUAAACGUGGUAUUAAUCCAUGGCAAACAAAAUACCGUGUCUGAGCUGAAUGUUUACCUCCGAAUGAGAGGGAAGGAGCUGAACUGCAGUGUGCUGCUGGACCAUGUAACGUGGCAGAGAGGUCGUGAUGGAGGGGACAGUAGUGAUGGAAGGACCGGAGAAGCCACAGAGGCGGGUGAGGUUCCGGGUGGCUUCAGGGAACAGUGGAAGGGUCCUGAAGGAGAUGUUCAAAGAUGAGGGGCCCUCAGACUCCCUGGAUUCAGAUUGCACUAGCAGCUCAGAUGCCGAGCGGGCCAGCACCCCUUCUACGUCUGGAGACAUCCAGGGAAACUUGUACGGAUUCCUGGGCUCGGAGCUGGACGACAGCGAGAGUGAGCCUGAUGAGCUGCUCAUGUACGCCGGGGCCACCAAGGACUGGACGUUCACCACCAAGAGGGUCAACAUUCUCAGCAAGAACGGGACGGUUCGAGGGGUCAAACACAAAGUCAGCGCAGGUCAGGCGCUCUUUGAGAACCUUCCUGAUGGUGCGCAUUUACCACUCGAGUUUGGGCGCAUAGUGAUCUACACCACGAGUUUCCGGGUGGUGAGGACCACUUUUGAGCGCUGCGAGCUGGUCAGGAAGAUCUUCCAAAACCACAGGCUGAAGUUUGUGGAGAAGAACAUCGCUCUGGACAGCGAGUACGGGAAGGAGCUGGAGGAGCGGUGCAGACGUGUCGGCGAAGCCCCCUCGCUGCCAGUCGUGUUCAUUGACGGACACUACUUUGGGGGUGCUGAGAAAAUACUUGGCAUGAACGAAUCAGGAGAGCUGCAAGAUCUACUGACAAAAAUCGAGAGGGUUCAGCAUCCCCAGACGUGCCAGACCUGCGGAGGCUUCGCCUUCAUCCCGUGCUCAAUGUGCCAUGGCAGCAAGAUGUCCGUGUUCCGCAACUGCUUUACGGACUCCUUCAAAGCCCUAAAGUGCACUUCCUGCAACGAGAACGGCCUGCAGCCCUGUGCUAGCUGCAGCUAGUGAGGACGGUGUGAUGCCUGGACCAAACAUCCCACUUCAGGACCAAAAACAGGAACCUGAAAUGGACAGCAGCACGGCCAGUGAAACACAACACAGCAGGAUUCUUUCUCCUUGGCCAUUAUCAUUGUGAAAACUGGAAUUUCUAAUAAAAUCUGCAAACCUUC